CCGCCGCCGCCCGCCUCCGCCCACCUCCUUCCCGCGCAGCCGACCAGGCAGCAAUUACGCUUUGGGGAUAAAACGAGGCGCGGAGAGCAGGCCGGGGCAUUCCUCCCCGAGAUGGCGAUGGCGGGUCUGACGGCGGCGGCCCCGAGGCCCGGAGUCCUGCUGCUCCUGCUGGCCCUCCUCCACCCCGCGCAGCCCGGAGGGGUCCCAGGGGCUGUUCCCGGUGGAGUUCCUGGAGGAGUCUAUUAUCCAGGGGCUGGUCUCGGAGGCCUGGGAGGAGGAGCUCUGGGGCCCGGAGGCAAACCACCCAAGCCAGGUGCAGGACUCCUGGGGGCAUUUGGAGCAGGUCCUGGAGGGCUUGCGGGAGCUGGCCCCGGGGCAGGGCUGGGAGCCUUCCCUGCAGGUGCCUUCCCGGGGGGCGUGGUGCCAGGUGGAGCUGCUGGUGCUGCUGCAGCCUAUAAGGCUGCCAAGGCUGGUGCUGGGCUCGGAGGCGGAGUUGGCGGGGUUGGUGGCGUUGGAGGAGUCGGUGGCGUUGGAGGAGUCGGUGGCGUUGGCGGAGUCGGUGGCUUAGGAGUGUCCACAGGUGCCGUGGUCCCUCAGGUCGGACCUGGAGUCGGCGUCGGAGCUGGAGGGAAGCCAGGGAAAGUGCCCGGUGUGGGGCUCCCAGGUGUAUACCCAGGUGGCGUGCUCCCCGGCACAGGAGCUCGGUUCCCUGGAGUAGGGGUGCUCCCUGGGGUGCCCACCGGAACAGGAGUCAAGGCCAAGGCCCCAGGUGGAGGUGGAGCUUUUGCCGGAAUCCCAGGGGUCGGGCCCUUUGGGGGCCAGCAGCCUGGGGUCCCACUGGGGUACCCCAUCAAGGCACCCAAGCUCCCAGGUGGCUAUGGACUGCCCUACGCCAACGGGAAAGCGCCCUUCAGCUACGGACCCGGAGGAGUGGCUGGUGCCGCGGGCAAGGCCGGCUACCCAACGGGGACAGGAGUGGGCCCCCAGGCAGCCGCAGGAGCCACAUGCACUGUCCCUGUCCCACCAGGUGCUGGAGGAGCUGGCGUCAUCCCUGGUGUCGGAGGUGGUGGUAUUCCUGGCGGGGCUGGUGCGAUUCCUGGGAUUGGAGGCAUUGCAGGGGCCGGGACUCCUGCGGCUGCUGCUGCUGCUGCAAAAGCAGCUGCCAAGGCUGCAAAGUACGGAGCUGCUGGGGGCUUAGUGCCUGGUGGGCCAGGAGUUAGGGUCCCAGGUGUUGGGAUCCCAGGUGUCGGCGGAGUCCCAGGUGUUGGAGUCCCAGGUGUUGGAGUCCCAGGCAUUGGGGUCCCAGGUGUUGGGGUCCCAGGCGUUGGGGGUCCAGGCAUCGGGGGUGUACCAGGGGCCGUGUCACCUGCUGCUGCUGCCAAAGCAGCCGCCAAAGCAGCCAAAUAUGGGGCCAGGGCCGGAGUGGGCGUUGGAGGCAUCCCCACGUACGGGGUUGGUGCUGGGGGCUUUCCUGGCUAUGGUGUUGGAGCUGGCCUUGGAGGUGUCCCUGGAGCUGGCCUUGGAGGUGUCCCCGGAGCUGGCCUUGGAGGUGUCCCCGGAGCUGGCCUUUCCCCUGCAGCCCAAGCAGCCGCUGCGGCUAAAGCUGCCAAGUACGGAGCCGGGACAGCCGCCGCUGCAGCCGCCAAAGCAGCCGCCAAAGCUGCCCAGUUUGGAUUGGGCCCUGGAGUCGGUGGAGUUCCUGGUGGAGUUGGGGUUCCUGGUGGAGUUGGGGUUCCUGGUGGCGUCGAAGUUCCUGGUGGUGUCGGAGUUCCUGGUGGCAUCGGAGUUCCUGGUGGCGUCGGCGUCCCUGGUGGCAUUAUUCCCGGUGGCAUCGCAGGAGCAGGACCCGCUGCUGCCAAAUCCGCUGCUAAAGCUGCCGCCAAAGCUCAGUACCAGGCGGCUGCUGGGCUGGGUGCCGGGGUUCCUGGAUUAGGAGCUGGUGCCGGGGUUCCUGGAUUAGGAGCUGGUGCAGUGCCUGGAUCCCUGGCUGCUGCAAAAGCUGCCAAAUACGGAGCAGGGGGCCCUGGGGCCCUGGGAGGCGUUGGGGGUCUCGGUGGAGUAGGAGUCCCAGGUGGCGUGGCAGGGGCCGGACCUGCCGCCUCUGCUGCUGCUGCCAAGGCUGCUGCCAAAGCUGCCCAGUACGGCCUCGGGGUCGGUGGGCUCGGAGCUGGAGGACUGGGGGUCGGUGGGCUCGGGGCUGGAGGAGCCGUCCCCGGCGCUGGCUUUGGAGGUGUGUCCCCAGCUGCAGCUGCUAAAGCAGCCAAAUAUGGUGCUGCUGGCCUUGGAGGUGUCCUAGGAGCCACCAGGCCAUUCCCAGGUGGAGGAGUGGCAGCGAGACCUGGCUUCGGAUUGUCUCCCAUUUUCCCAGGUGGAGGCGCCGGGGGCCUGGGAGUCGGCGGAAAGCCCCCCAAGGCCUACGGAGGGGCCCUGGGAGCCCUGGGAUACCAAGGUGGGGCCUGCCUGGGGAAAUCCUGUGGCCGGAAGAGAAAGUGAGCUUCCCGGGACCCCUGACUCGCGACCUCAUCAACGUUGGUGCUACUGCUUGGUGGAGAAUGUAAACCCUCUGUGAUCCCACCCCAAGCCCCACUCAAUGCCCACCCGGGAGGGGACGGUAGGCCAGCGGCCUUGGAAAUCCACAGGACAAGGAAUCAAGAGCAGUGGCCACAUGCCCCGACUGGGAGGCCACCGGCUCCAGAGGCCAAGGCUGGUGGGCUCAGCCCGGCCCCACCCCUCCUCCUGGGAGCUCCCCCCACACAGUCUCCAUCUCCAGGGGAAAUUGGUGCUUCUUGUUGGUGCUUUUGUCUUCCUGGGGGGAGGGAGGAGGGUAGGGCAGCCCCUGGGGAACCCCUACCUGGGCUCCUCUGAAGAUGGUGCAGAUGCUUCCUGGGCAGUCCCACCUCCCCCUGCCCACCAGGAGCCACCCCCGGUUGCGGUCCAGCUGGUACCCAAGCACCUGAAGCCUCAAAGCUGGAUUCGGUCACAAGAUCCCUCCUCUCCUUGGGUCCACUCAGCCCUUUCCCCACCCAUCAAUGGCUGUUCCCCACAACUGGGGCACCUUUGGAGUCAGAAGAACCCCCCACUCACACUGGGAAUAGCCCCCUUGCUCUUGUGGAAUCCAUGUGUCCGUCCAUCCACCCAACCGUCCAUCUGUUCAUUCUUGUCCCCAGUUGACCGCCUGGUGCCACUAGCUGGCUGGGCACGCCCACACCCACCUGGGUAACCUCCCAUGGCAGCCUCUGCCCCUGCCACACACACCCUGACGCUGGCCCAGGGUGUGAGGGCUGUGUGGGCUGGGGUGACAGGACUCUCGUCCCCAGCCUGGGUCCCCCCACAUGCAGUACUGUAUCCCCCAUCCCGCCCUCGAGCCACUACUACAGAGCAUGUCCCGUCCCGCCCUCCCCAUCUCUUCGUGUCUCGCUGUGAUAGAUCAAUAAAUAUUUUAUUUUUUGUCCUGGA